CAUGCCUCUACACGUCCGACGACGACCGCCGCGACCGACACGAAACACACUGUUGGUUUGGACGAGUCAUGGCGCAACCAAAGCCAACUCGGAUUUGGCUCCUGGAAGAAAAGGACAUGGCCCAGCUCCAGCAAACGCCUGACAUGGACGUGAUGACCAUGACGCACAGGUCGCAGGACUACUGCGUCAUCAUGGACAAGCGCCAGACCACCGAAUCCAACAACAGUGACGGGGACGACAACGACUGGCCGAAAUUUGGCGCGCUCCGACCUGGUGGCGCGCUCAACCUGUUGAGCUGGGAAGCGUUCGGUCUCCUCAGUCAGUACGCCGGCGUCGGCAUCCUCAUGGGGGUGUUGGGCGCGCUCCAAUACCCCGUCUUUCACAGCUACUUACGCAUGGAAGGCUACCAAACAGCCUCGUACGGCGUCCUGAUCUCGCUCGGGUGGUCGUCCAAGAUAUUCUUUGGCAUUUUGAGCGAUUGCUGCCCUCUCUUUGGGUAUCAACGCCGGCCGUACAUGAUCAUCGGGUGGAUGAUUUGUGCCACGUGCUGCCUGGUCAUGGCCAUCACGCCGUUCCCAGACCCGUACUACGGCAAGAAGGAGGUGUUUCGAGUCCCGUUGUCCAAGAUUCCGGCCGAAGACCUCAAGUAUAUCAAUUUGGACGCGCCCAAGCGCGGUGGCUUCUUCAUCGUGCUGUCCAUGAUGUGUUCGUUGGGGUAUGUCUUGGCUGUUGUCGCGGCCGAUGCCAUGGUCGUCCAGUACGCCCAGCGCGAACCCGCGGCCAUUCGCGGCCGAACUCAAACGGCCAUCUACUUUACUCGCGACGCGUUCUCGAUGGUGCCGAUUCUGGUCGUCGGGUUUUGCAUGAACGACUACAAGUACGGCGGGACGUUUUCGUGGAGCAUCGGGCCCAACAUUGUGUACGCGGCGUUGACCGUGCCGUGCUUGCUGGCGGCAUAUUCCGCAUACGCGCUGUUGGUCGAGGAAAAGGUGACCAAAUCGCCGUUCCGCGCCUAUCUUUCCAACGCGUGGAUGCUCCUCCAGCAGCGCGUCGUGUGGCAGAUCUGCAUGUUCAAGUUCCUCAACAUGCUCUUCUACGCGUACUACUCGACCUUGAAUGACCCUGUGUGGUCGUUUUGGAUACAAGUCGAGCCGAUUGUGUCGACAGCGUUCAGCAUUGUGUACCAGCUCUUCAAGGUCGGCGCGAUGUUUGGCAUCGGCAAGUAUGCGCUCAACUGGGACUGGCGCUGGGCCAUGGCCGCGUCGACGCUGGCGAUUGUGGCCGUGGACACCACACUCAACUUUUUGGCGGUCUGGAAUGUUGUCCGGGACCAGUACUUUCAAAAUAUCCUUGGGAGCUUGGCCGCGAUCCCGCAAGCGGCGAUCUUCCUCUUCAGCGGGUACCUCGUCGUCGAAAUCGCCGACGUCGGAAACGAAGGCCUUGUGUUUGCGCUCGUGACAACGUGCUCCAACUUGGCGAUUCCGCUCAGUACUGUCCUCGCCAAGACCGUCGACUCGUUUUUCACGGCGCGACUGACCGACAUCCAGCGAGACGAUACCGCCGUCCGGUGGGAGGUCACGUACUCGUACAUUGCGACCGCCGCCAUGAAGCUGUUGUCGCUCGUGUUUUUGGCCUUGAUGCCCCGACAAAAGGCGUACAUCCAAGUCCUCAAGCGUACGGGCAGCUUGAGCCCCGUUGCCGCCGCGAUUGUGUUUGUCGUGUUUGUGUUUGGCUACACGUGGAAUGUGACGACCAAUAUUUUGUCGAUUUUCCCGUCCACGAGCUGCCUUCGCAUCGCAGGAGGUAGAGGGUGCUAGUCGUAGAAUGUAGUUGCAAAGCGUAGUAAAACUUGUAAAGGAAUCGAAAACGAAUCUUGCCUGCGCGAAAAAGCCCACGAAGCAUGCAUGAAAUCGAAACUCGGCGGUCGGUCGACGCCGACGUAUCCACGGCUUGCCCUGGCGGAUGGCUGCCCUGAGACAAAAAUGGGAAGUCAUCGAGGAGUCAUUUGCCCCCAGAGUCAUAGGGACGAGUGGGAAAAGGAAAUGGGUGUGCACAACACGAAAUACAGAGCACAC